ACCCUGACCUUUAGGUCCUCGCGCGAGGCAACCGACGGCGGGACCUCACGUCCGCUUCCAUUCGCCUGAGCGAGAUCGCUCGCGGUUGUCCUCCGCCUUUUCCCGCGCGAGCAGCCGCCGCUGGCGAUGGUACCGAUCUCCCCACAGCGCGCGCGCUAACCCUUCCCGUCAUCGCCCCCCCCCCCGCCACGGGGAAAGCGCCUCGGGGAAAGCACGACUCUCCGCCGCCAAACAGGCGCCGCCAGUUUCUCUCGCCAGGCAGAGCCCUCGUUCCCACCCCCGUUUCAUCUUCUCUUUCCCCCGGACGCAGCACUAGGCGACGUGGAGCCGGCCAAACGCUUCCCUCACCGGGACCCUCAUCAUGGCGAGCGCCUCAUACCACAUCUCCAACCUGCUGGAGAAAAUGACGUCGAGCGACAAGGACUUCAGGUUUAUGGCAACAAAUGACUUGAUGACUGAACUACAAAAAGAUUCUAUCAAGUUAGAUGAUGAUAGUGAAAGGAAGGUUGUGAAAAUGAUUUUGAAGUUGCUUGAAGAUAAAAACGGUGAAGUGCAAAAUUUAGCAGUCAAAUGUCUUGGACCCCUUGUGAGUAAAGUGAAAGAAUACCAAGUAGAGACAAUUGUUGAUACUCUCUGUACUAACAUGCUUUCUGACAAAGAGCAGCUACGUGAUAUUUCAAGCAUUGGUCUAAAAACGGUUAUUGGAGAACUUCCUCCUGCAUCUAGCGGCUCUGCAUUAGCAGCUAAUGUUUGUAAAAAAAUUACUGGGCGACUUACUAGUGCUAUUGCAAAACAAGAGGAUGUGUCUGUUCAGUUAGAGGCUUUGGACAUCAUGGCUGACAUGUUGAGCAGGCAAGGAGGACUGCUUGUGAACUUCCAUCCUUCUAUUCUGACGUGUCUGCUUCCUCAGCUAACUAGUCCAAGGCUUGCUGUGAGAAAAAGAACCAUCAUUGCUCUUGGUCAUCUUGUUAUGAGCUGUGGUAACAUAGUGUUUGUGGACCUCAUUGAACAUCUCUUGACUGAGCUAUCAAAAAAUGAUUCCAUGUCAACAACAAGAACCUAUAUACAAUGUAUUGCUGCCAUCAGUAGACAAGCAGGUCAUAGGAUAGGUGAAUAUCUUGAGAAAAUUAUCCCUUUAGUAGUAAAAUUUUGUAACAUAGAUGAUGAUGAACUUCGAGAAUACUGCAUUCAAGCAUUUGAAUCUUUUGUUAGGAGAUGCCCUAAAGAAGUUUAUCCUCAUGUAACCACCAUUAUAAACAUUUGUCUUAAGUACCUUACCUACGAUCCCAAUUACAAUUAUGAUGAUGAAGAUGAAGAUGAGAAUGCUAUGGAUGCUGAUGGUGGAGAUGAUGAUGACCAAGGGAGUGAUGACGAAUAUAGUGAUGAUGAUGAUAUGAGCUGGAAGGUUAGACGUGCAGCUGCAAAAUGUUUGGAUGCUGUAGUCAGUACGAGGCAUGAAAUGCUGCCCGAGUUCUAUAAGACAGUAUCCCCUGCUUUAAUUGCAAGAUUCAAAGAGCGGGAGGAGAAUGUAAAAGCAGAUGUUUUCCAUGCAUAUCUCUCUCUUCUAAAACAAACUCGACCUAUACAGAGUUGGCUCUGUGAUCCUGAUGCAAUGGAGCAAGGAGAAACACCUUUAACAAUGCUUCAGAGUCAGGUUCCCAAUAUUGUUAAAGCUUUGCAUAAACAGAUGAAGGAAAAAAGUGUGAAGACUCGUCAAUGCUGUUUUAAUAUGCUAACUGAAUUGGUCAAUGUAUUGCCUGGUGCUCUCACACAACACAUUCCUGUACUUGUUCCAGGCAUAAUUUUUUCACUGAAUGACAAAUCAAGUUCUUCUAAUCUGAAGAUAGAUGCUUUAUCUUGUUUGUAUGUGAUCCUCUGUAAUCACGCUCCCCAAGUUUUUCAUCCUCAUGUCCAAGCAUUGGUGCCUCCUGUUGUGGCAUGUGUUGGAGAUCCAUUUUACAAAAUAACGUCUGAGGCACUUCUAGUUACCCAACAGCUGGUUAAAGUCAUACGUCCUCUGGAUCAGCCUUCUUCUUUUGACGCCAGUCCUUAUAUCAAAGAUUUGUUUACUUGUACAAUCAAGAGACUGAAAGCUGCUGACAUUGAUCAAGAAGUGAAAGAGAGAGCAAUUUCUUGUAUGGGCCAAAUCAUUUGCAGUCUUGGAGACAAUCUUGGUUCUGAUCUACCUAAUACUCUUCAGAUAUUUCUAGAGAGACUAAAAAACGAGAUAACUCGACUAACCACUGUGAAGGCUUUGACUCUGAUAGCUGGUUCAUCUCUGAAGAUUGAUCUGAGGCCAGUUUUAGGAGAAGGUGUUCCUAUUCUUGCUUCUUUCCUCAGAAAGAACCAACGUGCUUUGAAACUUGGAACUCUCUCUGCUUUAGAUAUAUUAAUAAAAAACUACAGUGAUAGCUUGACAGCUGCUAUGAUUGAUGCUGUCCUAGAUGAACUUCCACCUCUUAUUAGUGAGAGUGAUAUGCAUGUGUCACAAAUGGCCAUCAGUUUUCUGACCACUCUAGCUAAAGUUUAUCCUUCCUCACUCUCAAAAAUCAGUGGCUCUAUAUUGAAUGAACUUAUUGGGCUGGUACGGUCACCGUUAUUGCAAGGUGGAGCACUUAGUGCUAUGCUAGAAUUUUUCCAAGCUCUGGUUGUGACUGGAACAAGCAACUUAGGGUAUAUGGAUUUAUUGCGCAUGUUAACAGGACCAGUGUACUCACAAAGUACAGCACUUACUCACAAGCAGUCUUAUUAUUCAAUUGCCAAAUGUGUAGCUGCCCUUACACGAGCAUGUCCUAAAGAGGGACCAGCAGUUGUAGGUCAAUUUAUCCAGGAUGUCAAGAACUCGAGAUCUACAGAUUCCAUUCGUCUCUUAGCUUUGCUUUCUCUAGGGGAAGUUGGACAUCAUAUUGACUUAAGUGGACAAAUAGAACUAAAAUCCGUAAUUUUAGAAGCAUUUUCCUCUCCUAGUGAAGAAGUAAAGUCUGCAGCUUCGUAUGCAUUGGGAAGUAUUAGUGUCGGCAAUCUUCCAGAAUAUCUCCCAUUUGUCUUGCAAGAAAUAACUAGUCAGCCUAAAAGACAAUACCUUCUUCUUCAUUCCUUAAAGGAAAUAAUUAGCUCUGCAACAGUACAAGGUCUCAAACCUUAUGUGGAGAGCAUCUGGUCUUUGCUACUCAAACAUUGUGAGUGUGCAGAAGAGGGUACCAGAAAUGUUGUUGCUGAAUGCUUGGGGAAACUUUCUUUAAUAGAUCCGGAAACUCUGCUUCCACGCCUCAAAGGAUACUUGGCCUCAGGAUCAUCGUAUGCUCGGAGUUCGGUAGUCACUGCUGUGAAGUUCACUAUCUCUGAUCACCCACAGCCCAUAGACCCACUUUUAAAGAAUUGUAUAGGUGAUUUUCUAAAAACAUUGGAAGAUCCAGAUCUUAAUGUGAGACGAGUAGCUCUGGUAACAUUUAACUCAGCAGCACACAAUAAACCAUCACUAAUAAGAGACCUUUUAGACACGGUGCUUCCGCAUCUUUAUAAUGAAACAAAAGUGAGAAAGGAACUAAUAAGAGAGGUUGAAAUGGGGCCAUUUAAACAUACAGUUGAUGAUGGUCUUGAUAUUAGAAAGGCAGCUUUUGAGUGUAUGUAUACUCUGCUAGAUAGUUGUCUGGAUAGACUCGACAUCUUUGAAUUCCUAAACCACGUUGAGGAUGGUUUGAAAGAUCACUAUGAUAUUAAGAUGUUAACAUUUUUAAUGCUGGUGAGACUAUCUACGUUGUGUCCAAGUGCGGUAUUGCAGAGGCUGGAUAGACUGGUUGAACCCUUGCGUGCUACAUGUACAACCAAGGUAAAAGCAAACUCUGUGAAGCAAGAGUUUGAAAAGCAAGAUGAACUGAAGCGAUCAGCUAUGAGGGCAGUAGCAGCAUUAUUAACUAUUCCAGAAGCAGAAAAGAGUCCACUAAUGAGUGAAUUUCAGUCACAGAUAAGCUCUAAUCCAGAGCUUGCAGCCAUCUUCGAAAGCAUCCAGAAAGAUUCAUCAUCCACUAAUUUGGAAUCAAUGGACACCAGUUAGAUAUUUGAACAGGGACCAUUAAUUUUAACCGUACAAUGCACUGAAUUUACAAUUUACAAGUUAAAAAAAAAAGAAAAAUAUCGAAUCGUCACAAUGUUCAAUUUUACCUUUAUGGAGACAGUUUGGCUUUUUUCCAUUGUUGUUUUUUUAGCAUUUAUUCCAAAAUAUGUAUUUCCAUAACUCCAAAGUUGUAAGCCACACAUGUUUUAGUGGAUUUGAAUACCCAUUGAAUAGAAAUAAAAGUUAAAACGCAUGAUGUAUGGAAAUAGAUUCCAACAUCCAUUUGCCCUGUAAUGUUUAGGAUUAAAAGUUUAAAAACUUGUGGCCAUGAUUUUUCUUUUCAUUUUUUUUCUUGAAACCAAACCAAAUAACAUUUGUGUUUUAUCUAACUUUGCCUGGUAGAUAGGCUUAAAAAAACUGUGAAGAGUUACUAUCGUACAUCUUAGGUACAAUUUAAAAAUGGAAACGCAAGUAAAUGUCCUUUUUAAACAUGUGGGAAUAAACAAUUUUUGUUCACACUAAUUUUGUAUGAGGAAAUUUACAAAUGUGCGUAAAGCAGCAUGUGCGAUUUAUUCAUAACUAAAUUCAGAUUAAUAUAUUGAUGCAGGCAGUGUUUUCCUUCAUAGCUAAUGCAGUUGGUUUAUUUCAUUGCAAUUAUUUACAUAUAUAUACUGCCAAGGCAAUUUUUCAUCAGUAUAAAAAUCAUAAGUAUAAGCAGCUAUAUGCAAAACAAUUAACAACAAACAGCAAAGAAAGCAAAGAAAGAUGCAGGUAGGGUAGUUCCCACUGGACGGCUUAUACAGAUGGGAUGAGAGACUGCUGACUUGAGCAAAGGAUAUUCUUUUAAACUUGUUUUUAUUUUUCAUAUAUUUGGGUGAUCUUUAAUAUAUUUAUUUGAAAAUCCAAAAGCAAGGGUAUUUAAAAAUGGUUUUCAAAAGACUACAUUGAUCAUUCUUAACCAGGCCUGCACAGCAUGUGGUUCACUAAGUCUCCUUGUAUAAACCACCAGCAUUUUUUAAAAAGUUAUUAAAUGUACUGCUGUUGAGUGCCUUCAGGCCUCAUUGCUGCUGGUCCAUUAGCUUGCUGAUUGGGGUGCCAGGUAUUCUUUUGCAGCCUCUGAUGGUGAUGGUUUUUAAUUUAUCAUUAUGGCCUGCUCUUAACAGUUGAGGUAGUCAUCAGUGGAAUGAAAAAAUAGCUUGUGCCCAUCCCACCCCUUAUUUUUGGUGCAAAUCUUGUGAUAUUCUAGCAAUAGUGAGGACUGCUACCUGGGGCCAAAGUUAAAUUUCUUCUGUAACUUAAAAGGUCUGCCAAAUAUGGCGAUUGUCAAAGAAGAUGCCAGUUUUCAUUUGUAUCUAUAUUUAUAUCUGAGAGCAGCUAAAAAAUGGAAAGAUAGAAUGUCAGUUAAAAAGAGGGCAAGAGAAGAUUUGUGACCUGACUGUACAGUAAGCAAAAUAGCAGGGAACACAUUCAGGUUAUGAGAAUUAAGGUUCCCCCUUCUUUUCCUUGCACUCUAUAGAGCUGUUUUAGAAGAUGACAAGAGAGGGAAGAAAUUUUAUCCCCCCACCCCCACCCACCCCUGUCCCUGCUUGCUCUAGCUAUGCCGACAUCCUUCUAGAACUAUAUUCCCAGUGCUAGGAAAAUCUGUGUGAGAGGAAUAUUUCUUUUACCCUUUUUUCCUGAAUUACUGAUCCUCCAAGAAGUAUGAACAAGCCUAGUGUUCUAAACUAAUUAGCAGGCAGAAUAAUAGCUCUUAUGAUAUGCGUAUAAACUAGAGAUUAACUCUUAUUUUUAUCUUCACUGAAGGCAACGGACAAUACUAGAUUUUAACUCAAAAUUUUUCACCAUUCCUCUGAAUGAAUUGUCCACAAUUAAACAAGGAAAGCAUGCUGAGCAUGGCUUCUGGGAGUCACUCCAACUUUUUUUUUACCAAUAAUGGUUGUAGAAGGGACUUAUUUCUUUUUCUGUGUAAUGAAGUACCAUGUUGCAUUUGUAUUUGGGUGUUUCUGUUCUCCCCUUCUGUUGGGGCUUUAUUUGUGUGUAAGCAUAAACUGGAAAGCAGACUUCCAUUCUGGUCAUAUUAGGUAGAAGAAACAAGGUAAACAAGAAUUGGCAAUAUUAAAAGUCUACCUCUCCAUUAGGUAUCUCCUGGAGUGUUCCUACCCAUUUUGCAGUUCUCAUUUCUCCAACACCAAAAUUGUUCAAUUUUUUGGAGAUCCUACCGACAGACUUAACCUUUAUGUAACCACCCCCCCCCCAAUACUGUAUUGAAUUGGAAAACAAAAAUCAAUAUUGCUAUAACAAAGCAUAGUCUACCAAUAGAACAAAUAUAUUUUCUAGACUGACUAAAAAGAAAUAUUUCAUAGUUCACCCUGGGCUUGCACUUUUAAAACUUUUUAAAAUAUAUAUGCUGAAAUACUCGCACUAGUUCAGUAAUUCUGAAUGAACCAAGAAUGCUGAUUCUCCUCCCCUCUCCGCCCCCCAAAAAGCAAUGGUAGAAUACAAUCUGCUUUGCUGCUUGCCAGGUGAAGAUGGAAUUCCAAAGAGAUAAAUGCAGUACACCAACAUGACUAAAGAAUUUUGGAGACCUUAUAAAAUUACAUAGGUUUUGUCUCAAAAAUGACCUGACCUAAAAUCAUGCACAGAUUUUAUUUAUUUCAGUAUGCUCUUUGUAAUAAUUUGAUUUUAGAAAUGCUGCUUUGGAAUACAGUAGUAAAUUACACAUUAAAUGUUCUGUAUUUUAUUAACUUUAAUUGGAGAGUUUUGUUUAAAUUUGCCAUUUUAACUAUUGAGAAAUAUUUAAGAGCUUUUUAAAAAUGUUUUGUUAAAAUUGGCUACAUUUUAUAUCGUGUGAACAAAUAGGUGGGCUGCAUUCUUUUGCAGUUUUGCAGAAUGGUCCCUCUGGACCCCCCCCCCCAUGCUAUAUAAUUUAGAAUAAAAAUAUAUAGAAGCAUACUAUUAGAGAUUACAGCUUGAAAUGUUUUAUCAACAUAAUAUGCUCAUAGUCUCAGAAUGAACUACUUGUAUUUUUCAAUAUAUUAAUUUUCAUAUUCAUAGUACUCAGUUUUUUAUUAGUAGCAUUUGGGUUUCCAGCAGCACAACAUCAUCUGCAUAGAAAGAUGCAUGGAUGUUCACAUCUCUGGCUAUCUAUCUUCAUCAUAUGUAUUGUUACAUAUUUAUCCAUAAAUAUAACAAUGCAUUUCUUCAACAAUGAUGAAUGCAUUAUAUGUCCUUACUUUAUUUCCUACACAAAUGAGCCAUUUGCUAGGCAUUCCAUGCUUCACUUUUUUGUGCAUUCAAAACCAAUUAUAAACUCUCAUUAAGCAAAAUCUUUCAGAAUCCAACUCUUUUAUCAUAUAUUCUAAAUCAACACAUGUCUAAUAAAUCUCCUUUCUCACAUUCAUACAUUGCAUCCUGAGCAUGUUGCUGUACUGCAUGUAUAUCUUUGGUUAGCAGGCAAUAGUAUUACAAAUAAAAAUUGGUCUGCAGAUUAGAGAUCAUUGCUUAGAAAGUUAUGCACACAGCUAAGUUAGAACUGCAUUUUGAGUGCACUUCUUGUAUUUUGGCCUAAAUAUGCCAAAAUUGACUGGUACAGUUCUUAUUGUCAGUGAAAAAAUUGCAUAAGGUAUAGGUAUGACCCAUACCCAUGCAGUAUUCUAGAGUUUAUUCUAGACUCAAAAGGCAUUUAAUUUUUAAUAUUUCUAUUUUAGUACUUAUAAUACUAAGUAUUUAGUAGUUAAAUUACAGUUUUUAUUUGUUUUCUGCCUCAAAAUACCAGGAAAUCAUUCCAUUGAAUUUCAGCAAUAACGGCAGUGUGAUACAUUAUUCAGCAAUAAUACACUGCUCAAAAAAAUAAAGGGAACACAAAAAAUAUGACAUCCUAGAUCUGAAUGAAUGAACUAUUCUUAUUAACAUGGAGGGCUGUGCGGCCCCCUAAAGACAUGCCAUCCUACACCAUUACUGACCCACUGCCAAACUGGUCAUGCUGUAUCCUUGCUCUGUUCACAAAGUCUCAGCUAUAUGAUUUGGACUAGUUUGUGAAACUCUGACCUAAAUUCUGGACUGAAACAGGCCAAGUUGUCAUUUCCCAAUCCUGUAUGCUGUAGGCUACUCCUAAGCCUGCCUUCUAAUCCAUCUGUUUUUUCUCAUGGUUAUGAUCAGGCAGAAUUCUGUGGACCUCUGGCACUGGAUUUCUGAAUUCUCAGCUUUGGAGCUGCACUGAUUCCAAUAGGAGUAGUCCUUGAUUACCAGACAAGGUCAUUUCUGUGGACACAACUGCUCAGCCAAGAAUUCUACCUGGCAUUUUAGUUGUUUGAAGUAGACUUUCAUCAUUAAACCAAUUGCAACUCA